AUGUGGACCAAUGUGGGGCCUUCGGUUGCAGAGCUAACAGAGCCUCCAGACAGACAUCCUGACUGGCAUACAGACAGACAGACGGGCCGUCAGGGCUGGGGCAGCGACAAAGCGAUCUAUCGUCUGUCCAGUUAUUUCUGGCUCGCCUUCUCUCGCUUCCCUUUGAGAUAUCCGUGCCGUGAGUCUUGUUGUCUACACAAGGGCUUGUGCCAGCCAUUGAUGGUGUCGGUGUUGGUGCCGGUGCUGGUGGUUUUGGGUGGCAAGGUUAGACACUGCCGUGUGGAUUGUGGGCAGCGUAAGGUGUUCACAUGCUGUCCAGGCCACUGUCUCAAGGGUCGGCGGCCAUUUGACUGGAUUCCAUCAAACGGCAACUUUGGCCAAAGAAUUGGCGACACCGCCGCAAGCCUGACCGGUCUUUUGGCAGGAUCGGAUGCAAAAAGACCAACAGCUGACGACCGAGGAACACAAGAACGUCGAGGGAUAGACAACACGAGCGUGGAGUCUUUCAUUGCAUGUGUGUAUCUGUCUUUUUGCUUGUGUGACUGA